UAAAAGGGAGCGGUGGAGCGCAACUCGGCAGUAGUUGCUCCAGACACACAAAGACAGAGCUUUCGCUCCUCAGGAAACCCUGCGAGUUCGGAUCGCUACUGCAAGAACGUUUGUCUCAGUGGAUUAGCCUCACUGUCAGGAGUUCAGCCAGCAUGAAACUGGUUCACGUAGCCCUGCUCUAUCUCGGCUCUGCGACCUUCUUCGGGGUGGAUGCUGCAAGGGUGGACGUAGCGACAGAGUUCAAAAGAAAAUGGACGAAAUGGGCACUGAGCCGAGCCAAGCGGGACGUGAAGCCCUCGGGCGCGCUCCGAGCGCUGGGAGCAGCCGCCGCCGUGCAGCCACUCGUACGGCCCCAGGACGUGAAGGAGGAUCCCCGCGUCUCGCAUCCCAGCAGCCGGGAGGAUGCUCACAUCCGCGUCAAGCGCUACCGCCAGAGCAUUAACAGCUUCCCCCACUUCCAAGCCAUCCGCACGGGGUGCCGCUUCGGGACGUGCACGGUGCAGAAGCUGGCCCACCAGAUCUACCAGCUGACCGACAAGGAUAAGGACGGCGCCGCCCCCGUCAGCAAGAUCAGCCCCCAGGGCUACGGCCGCAGGCGGCGCUCCCUGCGCUCCCCCCGGACUCUGCGGGCGCUGCCCCGCGCCUCCGCGCUGGGGGUGUGAGCGCCUCGGCCGGCUGCACUCAGACACGGACACUCCGGGCGCUCGUGGAGGACUCGCGGAGAGCGCCCGUUCGGACGGGACCCGGCGCGCCCUCCCGGGGUCGGCGGGGCAGCGAGGACCGGCGGGACGCGCUGCCGGUGCCGCCGCCGAGGGAGCUGCGAGAGCC